AUGGGCUUAAAACAAAAGUCAAGAAAACGACAACGAGCAUUAGACGAUGAAGUGUAUGAAGUCGAGGCUAUUGUUGAUUUUAGAAUCAAUGAGGGAAAAGAGCAAUUCUUUAUCAAAUGGAAGGGUUAUGCGUCUGUAGAAAACACCUGGGAAUCAGCUGCUAAAAACAAGACUAAAUCCCAAAAAUCCAAACCAGGCAACAAAAGAAAUUCAGAGUUGGAUUCAUUCACAAAACAGGAUACUGAUGAUACUGAUGAACAAGACGACCUGAGCAAAGUCUAUCAUUCGAUUGACUCGUUAAGUCGGGCUGUACUUGACAAAGCCUCGUGGGAAAACGAUGUUGUAAAUAUUGAAACUAUGGAAGCAUCUGCCACAGGUGAAGAUGAUCUUGCUGUUUACAUCAACUGGAAAAAUGGCAAAAAGACGGUUGUAUCCAGUAAAGUAGCCAAUACAAAAUGCCCACAAAAGAUUAUCAAAUUUUACGAAAAUCAUAUCAAGUUUGGAUAA